UUGAUUGUAUACACCUGUGUCCAUGGAGGGGAUUGGAACACCUGAAUCACAUGAUUGGGAGGGGAUUGGAACACCUGAAUCACAUGAUUGGGAGGGGAUUGGAACACCUGAAUCACAUGAUUGGGAGGGGAUUGGAACACCUGAAUCACAUGAUAUGGAGGGGAUUGGAACACCUGAAUCACAUGAUAUGGAGGGGAUUGGAACACCUGAAUCACAUGAUAUGGAGGGUAUUGGAACACCUGAAUCACAUGACAUGGAGGGGAUUGAAACACCUGAAUCACAUGAUUGGGAGGAGAUUGGAACACCUGAAUCACAUGAUAUGGAGGGGAUUGGAACACCUGAAUCACAUGAUGAUUGGGAGGGCGGGGCCAAUACUUUUGGCAAUAUAGUGUGUGUAAAU